GAAGCGUCAUCUCGCGACAUUUUGCGAGUCAGGGUUGGAAGUUGGAGGCCCAGCUUUGAGAGAGAGGAUUAGGGGGGUCGACCGGUAGGUCGGCUGUCCUCCAGCGGCGGUGGGACCCGAGAUGACUAGGUGAGGGCCUCCCUGUCAGCCUGCACAGCGCCUUCCGGCUCUGCCGCUGCCUCGGACGCCAUCAGUCUUUCUCCCUGGACCGCAUCAGGCUGCACCUUUGAUCCCUCUCUCCGGUUGUGUCGGGGUCUAGGGAGGCGAUGUUCGAAGAGACGGCGGGAGGUGGUGUCGGCCGCGGUUUUCCGGCUCGCCACCUCCUCGCCCCGCCCGAGAGUUACCAGGCUUCAGGCCCCACCCCCUGGCCAGAUGGAUCCCUCCGCCCCGAACUGUGGCGCGGAAAGCACCGGUAAAGACAUAUGGUAUCCAGGAGAAAGAUGUCUUGUCCCUUCUCCAGAUAAUGAAAAACUUUGUGAAGCAAGCAUAAAAUCCAUCACAGUGGAUGAACAUGGAAAGUCAUUUGCAGUCAUCUUAUAUUCAGAUUUUCAAGAAAGGAAACUACCUCUUAAAAGACUUCAAGAAGUAAAACCUGUUAAAGGUUAUUCUAGAAGUUUCAUAUUUGAUGAUGAAGAUUUAGAAAAACCUUAUUUCCCAGACCGAAAAUUUCCGUCAUCUGCUGUUGCUUUUCGUUUAUCUGAAAAUGGAGACUCUAUUCCUUAUACUAUUAACAGGUAUUUGAGAGAUUAUCAAAGGGAAGGAGUUCAGUUUCUUUAUGAACACUUCAUCCAAGGAAGAGGGUGUAUUCUUGGUGAUGAUAUGGGACUUGGAAAAACAGUACAGGUUAUUUCAUUUUUGGCUGCAGUUUUGCAUAAAAAGGGAACCCGUGAGGAUAUUGAAAACAACAUGCCAGAGUUUUUACUAAGAAGUCUGAAAAAGGAACCUCCUUCUUCAAUAGCAAAAAAGAUGUUCUUAAUAGUUGCUCCUCUUUCUGUCCUCUACAACUGGAGGGAUGAAUUGGACACCUGGGGAUAUUUCAGAGUCACUGUUUUACAUGGUAAUAAAAAAGACAAUGAACUGAUUCGUGUAAAGCAGAGGAAAUGCGAAAUUGCUCUAACAACUUAUGAAACACUUCGCUUAUGUCUGGAUGAACUUAACAGUUUAGAAUGGUCAGCUGUCAUUGUGGAUGAAGCUCAUAGAAUCAAGAAUCCAAAGGCUAGAGUAACAGAAGUUAUGAAAGCUUUAAAAUGUAACAUUCGUAUUGGCCUCACUGGAACCAUUCUUCAGAACAAUAUGAAAGAACUGUGGUGUGUUAUGGACUGGGCUGUACCAGGACUUUUAGGUAGCAGGAUCCACUUCAAGAAACAGUUUUCUGAUCCAGUAGAACAUGGUCAGAGACACACAGCAACAAAAAGAGAACUAGCUACUGGCCGAAAGGCCAUGCGAAGGCUUGCGACAAAGAUGGAUGGAUGGUUUCUCAGGCGUACCAAGAUUCUCAUCAAGAAUCAAUUACCUAAGAAGGAAGACCGGAUGGUGUAUUGUUCUCUAACAGAUUUUCAGAAAGCUGUCUAUCAAACAGUAUUAGAAACAGAAGAUGUGACUUUGAUACUUCAGUCUUCUGAGCCUUGUACCUGCGGUAGUGGCCGAAAAAGGAGAAAUUGUUGUUAUAAGACUAAUUCACAUGGUGAAACAGUGAAAACCCUGUACUUCAGUUACCUCUCAGUCCUUCAGAAGGUAGCUAACCACGUCUCACUACUGCAGGCUGCUAGCACCUCCAAACAGCAGGAAACACUCAUCAAAAGGAUAUAUGAUCAGGUAUUUUCCAGAUUCCCAGAUUUUGUGCAGAAAAGCAAAGAUGCAGCCUUUGAAACACUUUCUGAUCCAAAAUAUAGUGGAAAAAUGAAGGUCCUUCAGCAGCUUUUAAGUCAUUGCAGGAAAAACAGAGAUAAAAUUCUUCUUUUUUCCUUCUCUACCAAGUUGCUUGAUGUGCUGCAGCAAUACUGCAUGGCAUGUGGGCUUGAUUACCGACGACUUGAUGGAAGUACAAAAUCAGAGGAAAGAAUCAAGAUUGUGAAAGAGUUCAACAGUACACAAGAUGUUAACAUUUGCCUUGUCUCCACAAUGGCUGGUGGACUAGGCCUCAAUUUUAUUGGUGCCAAUGUUGUUGUACUAUUUGAUCCUACUUGGAAUCCAGCCAAUGAUCUUCAAGCCAUCGACAGAGCAUACAGGAUUGGGCAGUGCAGGGAUGUCAAAGUGUUUAGGCUGAUAUCUUUGGGAACUGUGGAGGAGAUCAUGUACUUACGACAGGUGUACAAGCAGCAACUUCACUGUGUGGUGGUUGGAAGUGAAAAUGCCAAGCGAUAUUUUGAAGCAGUUCAAGGAUCAAAAGAGCAUCGAGGAGAGCUUUUUGGGGUCUCUAAUCUCUUCAAACUACGGUCCCAAGGGUCUUGUCUUACGAAGGAUAUCCUGGAGAGAGAAGGCCAAGUGGAAGCAGGGGUCAUGACAGCCAGAACAUGGUUGAAAGAGGAACCUCAAGUGCACAAACUAGAAGAACCUACAGAGCCUGACUGUCAAGAAUGCAGAGGGCCAGAGCAACCUGCAUGUGGUCUAUGCGAUGACUUUAGUGAUGAUGAAUCAGUGGAAAACUCAAGAAUAAAGUCUACUAAAAACAAAGCAUCUGACUCAAGUAAAGCUUCAGGUUCUCCUGGACAGCUUACCUUACUCCAGUGUGGUUUCUCUAAAUUGCUUGAGACAAAAUGUAAAGCAGUUGAUGAUAGUGAUGAAAAUAUUGCAUCUGAUGAUAAAAGUUCUGAUGAACAGCCCACAUGCCUUUCAGCAGAAGCCAAAGAUGUUGGUUUUCAGAAAAGUCAAGUCUCUCUUGGUACUUCAAAACAUCAGAAAUUAGCCAACAGCCUAAGUCCAAAUGAAAAAUAUAUUUUUAAUAAAAGUGAAAAGAUUUUAGAACAGACUAUUUCUUCUGAGUCUGAUGAUAAUACAAAUUUUAAAAAUACAACUGACCACCAUUGCAAUUUACAGAAUGUCACAGAAUCGGAAGAUAGUGAUGUCAUCUUUCCCACACAAUAUACAGCACAGAAAUCCCCUAAGAAUAGUGUAAGACUUAAAACAGCCAAGGAUAAAUAUGAAGAUUCUGAAACAGAAAGCCCUGUAAAAAUAGCAAAUAAUGAUGAUGAUACAAAGACCAAUGUCAGAGAAAGUGGACGAAUUUCAAAACAAUUAAAUCCUGUGAACCUGAAAUCUAUUAUGAAAAGAAAAGGUAGUAGUGAUAUUAGUGAUGAGUCUGAUGACAUUGAAAUUUCCUCUAAGUCAAGCGUAAGAAAACAAAGAGCUACUAGUUCUUUGAGGUUUAAAAGAAAAAAGGAAAAUAAAAGGGAACUUUACACUUUUCCUAAAACAAUGAAGAAAGCAAACCAACUGUAUGCAGCAGAUGAAGAUUAUAAUUCUACUGAUGAUUUUACAUCCUCAGAUGAUGAUUUUUCUGUUAGCCACAUCGGUUUCUCUAAACAGAGACAUAGACCAAAAACUUCAAAAGAUAGAAUUGGUUUCUCUUCAAAAUUUCCUAGCCAUAAGAAAAAUAGCACUUUUGUACCAAGAACACCAAUGAAAUUUUCAAAUGAGAGCGCUGUCAAUCAAGAGCAGAUGUAUGAAUCAAUGGAUAAAUUUUUAGAUGGUGUUCAGGAAGUGGCUUACAUUCACUCAAACCAGAACGUGAUUGGAUCAAGCAAAGCUGAAAAUCAUAUGAGCCGAUGGGCAGCACGUGAUGUAUUUGAAUUGAAGCAAUUUUCCCAGCUUCCUGCUAACAUAGCUGUUUGCAUUUCAGAGACACAUAAAGACAAGAUGAAGACAGACACAUCGACACACACAAAGAAAGGCCAUCAGCCAAGUGAAGAAGGCAUUUCAUUUCCCCUUUACAUUUCACAUCCUGUGAGCCAGAAGAAGAAAAAAGUUUACCGAACAGACCAGACCACCUUCAUAAUUGGGGAAACACCAAAAGGGAUUCGUAGAAAACAAUUUGAAGAAAUGGCUUCUUAUUUUAAUUUGUCUUCUGUGGAAUUUGCUCAACGUGUAACUAAUGCUACAUCAGAAGAACGACAGCAAAUGUUAAAAGACUUUUAUGUUUCUCAAUAUUCAGAGGUAAAAGACUUUUUUGUGGAUACUGCUGCAGAAUUCAUUAAACCUGCCUAUGAGAAAGGAAAGAGAAUCAGGAAUAAGUCUGGAAAGAGAGAAUCUUCUAUAAAAGAAAGGCUGCCAGAUUCUGAAACUUUGUCAUUUAAAGAUUCUACCAAAAAAAUUUCUCAAAUUUGCAGCCCAAAAACAUAUAAAGAAAAAUCAGUUAGCCCUCAAACCCAUGGUUUCUGUAGAGAAGGGGUGCUUUCUAAUGAUGCAGAAACUCAGAAAUUACCUACAAGCUCUACCCAAGAGCCUGACAAUGAAAAAAACAGCCAACUAUCCAAAUAUACUAUAGCAUCCAGUUCCCUGAACAGUAAAUCUGAAGCAGGUAAGAAAAGGUUAGAAAAUACCAUGGAAGACCUGCAAGACCUGACAGGAAUGAGCAUUUCAAGAAAUGAACCCCCUUUCAAAGUAGAAAACAAAAAUAUGAAAAAUCCAAUGUUAGAAAAUACUUCUGUGGUAGGCUUACUUGGUGACACCUCUAUUCUUGAUGACCUCUUUAAAAGUCAUGGGAACAGUCCCACACGAUUGCCAAAGAAAAUUCUUUCAGGGCCCAUAGAAAAAGCAAAACAGAGACCAAAAGAUUUCUGGGACAUCUUGAAUGAGCAGAAUGAUGACAGUCUUAGUAAACUCACCGACUUGGCCAUGAUAGAGACGCUGUGUGGAAAAGUGCCCCUUGCUGCAUCUUCCAAAAGGAAAGAGGAGCUAGAAACCUCUCUUUGGAAAUCAAAUGAGAAUUUUUUGUGGAAAAAAAUUAACUCAAGUGAUACAGAUGAAAACACAACCAAUAUGCAAGAAUAAUAUAUAAACAGACAAAUAAAUCACUACACCAAUGAACUUCUGCCAUUAAUGUUUACAAUACUGUUUCACCCUAAUUAUGUUAACUUGAACACACUUGUCAACAUAUAUUUUUAUUAAACUCUUGCGCUGAUUGUUUUUAAAGUCUAAAUUAUAAUCAUGUAUUUGCUUCCUUGAUCUUUUAAAAAUAUGAUUUUAUUAUAGUAUAAACCUGUUAUGAAAUGGAAAAGACUCUGUAUUUAUCAGGCGACCUGGGGCAUAUCUCUUGCGAAGUAAUUAUGUGACCUUCAGUAAGUCACUUACCCUGCUGUUCAGCUAUUUCCUAAUAGGAAAGAUGAAGGGUUUGAACUUGAUCAACACAAGCAUCCUUCUAGUUUAAAAAGCUUUGGUUCACUCUCCCAGAUUCCAUUAAAUCAUAGGCCAAAUUAUGUUCACACACACACCCUCCCCCGCCUCAGGUGUACAUUGAUGUGCUCCUUUCCUACCAACAUUUGGAAAAUUAUUAAGUUAACUGUUUUUCUUUAUCUUCAGUAUUAUGUACUACUGUUAUUAAAUUACUUUAGAUGACAGUAAUUACUAGAACUGAAUAUAUGGUAUUAUGUUAAAGUAGUAAGUUUAUAAAUGCUCAAAAUCAAAGAGUUAAUGCUGUAUAACUUUACCAUAAGAGAUAUAAUGCUGAAGUAACAUAAUUAUUACCUUAGCCACAGAAUGUCGACAUCAACUUUUCAAAUAACUGUUAUGAUCUCAUCAAUAUAUAGCUUUGUAUAAUAUUUUUGUAUUUCUUAAGUAUAAAGAAAUGAGUAAAUAUUUAAUUUUAUUUGAAACUGAUAUUUGUUGGAUUUAAUUUAAAUGGUUUAUACCCAAUGGAAUGUACUCAUUGCUGAAUUCCUUUAUUUGGAAACAUUCAGUCAGGCCCUGAGUGUGGUAUGAGCUCAAGAAGCACAGCUGCGCCACUACUACAGGUUAGAGAAAGGAAGCCCCAUCUGUGAAGAUUCGUGACCAUGAAGCCCCUGGCCUUGUGCCCAGCGUGCAGUAGUAGGGACCUGCAGCUUCUUCUGACCCACGUUCAGAUGCACUAGAGAAGCUUUCCCUCAGUUGAGCUCACUGGCUGAUGGGAGGAAGUGUCCAGGAAAUAGCCAUGAACCAGAAAAUGAUGGUGUUCAGAGAUCACUGUUACUGUAUUGAGGGGAGAGGCCCUCAGAAGACCCAGGAUGAAGAGCCAUUGCCCACAAAUAAAGAAAAAGACAGAAAUCUCUUCUCAAGGGACUGAAUGUCCAAGUAUGUUUUUCUCCAGGUCAAUGUUGAAGGCUCUGAAAUAUAUUUUCUAUCAUACCAGUGUAGAUGUGUUAAUACAUAUAUAUGAUUGAAAUAAAAUAGUUAUGAAAUAAUA